UAGGACGAUCACUAUGAGUUGGUUCAUUGCAAGUUGCCUGUGAACGAUAUUGAUAGUAGAUCGAACUCGAAGAUCACUCGGUACGACACAUUACUCUUGUUCCAACCAAAAGGGGCUGAUGUUUGACUGUCCAGUGGGUGAUUCUUACUAACCUGACGGUUGAUGCAACAUGGUACCAUUUGCAGAAAACUCCUGCAAAUGACCCUCCAAAUGCAAAACAUCGCUAGCAAACGGUAGCUGCAUCGGCGUGGUUAAACGUGAAAGUCACCAUGCAAUCAUGCGAAUAGUCUACAAUGUACCGUUCCAGAAGAAACAUCUUUCGUUUGCAAAUUGAUCCAUAGUGUAUGAUUAAAUUUCGACACAAUACGGUCAUGGAUAGACAAUAAUUGGGUAAGGUAAUGAUUGUAUAUGUUUAGGUCUGUACUUUAGCACGUGUUUAAUGUUCCUACUAUACUGCACAACAAAAUAUGUGUAUACACUAUUUCAAAGCUACUACCUAACUCUAAGUAUAGAGUUUGGCGCCAAAAUUUUAAUAUAGAAGUUGACGCUUCGAAUCACGCACGAAAUGAAUCCCCAAAAAAAGCUUCUCCUUUUUCUAUGCAUUCAAUUUUAGGUGUAGACUUUUAAAUGUUUGCACUAAUCAGCAUUUUUGCGCUUAGCAGAAUGUAAGCUGUGUUGGCUUAAAUAGUGAAAGUCACGUACCCUACCUCAUACGUUGUCCUCACAACAUGAGCUAGCACUGUUUUGCAAAAGUGCCCCCUAUGGCCAUAGUUAGUCUGACCUUCCCAGACGGUGUUUAUGUGCUUUUCGUGAAGGACUAUGUACCGUAACAGAACCACCAUGAAUCAACUAAACUCACUCGCAAAGGCAGAGCCGUACCAGUGCCAGACUGAACGAUGAACGUACUCGUGAAAGUUGCUGUAGUAGCUUCCGUCCUAAUUUUAGGAAUUCUAGCGCCGAAGGUAAAUGGCGAGGAAAAUUUCUUUGAUCAUGCGGAACCAUCGCAACACGUUAUGCACAUACGGAAGCUUACCGAUAGUGACAAAAUGAGGAUCGAGCUGGAACCGGUAUGGUUUCAUUUGGAGUCUACCGAACAGAACACACCAAGUGAAAGCCAGCAAGUUAAACGGCAAGCAGACCUGAGACGCCCUUCUGCAGUGUACUCCAACAGAGAAGAAUUCGCACGACAUCAGCAAAGAAGGGAUUCACGUUCAGAACAGUCUAACAGCGAUAAUGCCGAUUCUUUCUUAAAAGAUUUCUGGCAGAUGGAUCGACCGACCAAAGCAUCUUCGCGCCAGCUGACAAAAAAGAGUUCCACUUCAAUAGAGCAACAGCUGGAAAACGCCAACUUACCGAGUUGCUUCAGAACGUAUCUGCUCGAAAUGUAUGAUCGUAACAGCGAAAGUGUACGCAAGUUGAUGCGCUGUUUGGCACAACAGUCGAAUGAAAGUGGUAUGGAGGAAAAUGAUCAAACACAACAUUCACAACAUUUCGAUAGCCGGGAGGACAACUAUUUUUCCAAGGAUAAGCGCAUACGAAGGAUGCCCCAACGGAGUGUGGCACGGAAGCGAAAGUACGACGAACCAUGCGAUACGUCGCUGGAAGAAGACAUAACGGAUGAACAAUUAAAGUUUAAGCAACUGUUAAUCCGUUCGGACAGUGACAGUGGUGGACAGAUAUUUGAACCGUUCAGCGAACAUGACGCGUCGGAAAGUGAUGACAGUGACGAUAGCUCCUCAUCCGGUGAGAAACAAAGAACGAAUGGUGACUCUAAGACUCCAGCUCCGCAGUCGGAUGAAUCGAAGGAACGGUUGUAUACGCGUGAUGGUCGGUUGCGACCGGUAGCCUACAGAAGAUUGCCCCAAAAGUACAACACACGGAGCCGACAGCAAUCAAACUCGGACGAAUCGGAGGAACAUAGUAGUGGCGAGGAGAGUGAGGAAUCUCGGGAGCACUAUUAAGUUAAAUAAAGUUUGAAUGGAUUUUAAACUGUGUUUACCUUAUU